GCUAAGCAAAUGUUUAACUGCUGAUCUUGUCUUAAGACAGAUGAGUAAUGAACCAGAGUUCUUCUUAUCUGGAAAAGCCCCUAUGUCUGCUACCCCUCCCUAAAGCCCCUGCUAUGUCUGCUGCCCCUCCCUACUUUGUGGUUUUUGCCUUUAUAAGCUUGUAAAACCUGCUGUUCAGGGCUUGACUCCUCGGCUCCUAAAAGAGUUGCGAGUCAAGCCCCAGCAUGCUGGAAUAAAAUCCUCUUGCUGUUUGCAUCAAGCGCCAUCUCUUGUGGUUGAUUGGGGUCGUCAUCGCUCAGGGCAGAGUGGGGGGUCCUGCCCCAAGUCUUUCAUUUGGGGGCUCUCCCGGGAUUUGACGACCACCCCUCACCUGCAGAGUCGACCUUGGAGCCGUUCGGCACCUCGUGAGAGUGGCCGGACAGUGGUCGGUAGACGUGCCCAGAGGACCACAGGCUGAAAUCCUGGGGGACGCCCCAGGAACUGAGGAGAACCAGGGAUGCCUGGUUGUCUCCUGCUGUAAGGGCGCUGAUCGAGUCCAGUUGUUCGAUCAAAAAUUACGGGAAACGUGCCCGUCUGAUUCUGUUGUAGGCUUGUGAGGGACCAAGUGUGGUAGGUGGGUCCUUGUAUCUGUAAUAUUUCUGUUAUUCCUGUUAUUUGUGUUUCUGACAUAUCUACUGACGAUGGGACAGACUGUGACAACCCCUCUGAGUUUGACUCUAGAUCAUUGGACUGAAGUGAAGAGAAGAGGUCGUGACCUGUCAGUAGAGGUUAAAAAAGGCCCAUGGCAGACUUUCUGCUCCUCGGAGUGGCCCACUUUUAACGUCGGCUGGCCCUCAGGAGGAACCUUUGACUUAUCUCUUAUUUUUGCUAUCAAAGAGAUUGUUUUUCAGAGAGGACCGGGAGCCCAUCCGGAUCAACAACCUUAUAUCAUAGUCUGGCAGGACCUGGUGCAGAAUCCGCCCCCCUGGGUUCGGCCGUGGACUGCCACAUCCAGGCCCCCGUCUAAUCCUCGGGUGCUCGCUGUCCAAUCUUCUGGUUCCAGAAAAGGGGGUGACAGCUCGGACCCCCCUAAGAAGAUCUACCCGGAAAUUCAGACUGAUCAUCUUCUCCUCGACCCUCUGCUCCCUCCUCCCCCAUACCCUCCCGCCUUGGCUCCUGUCGGGGGGCAGGGAGGACCCGCAUCGCCGGAUCUGGCGAUUGCCCCCUCUGCACCCCCGGGGGAACCUUCACUGGGGCCCACACAAGGUACCAGGAGUCACCGCUGGGGAGGAAUGUCUCCCGACACUACUGUUGCCCUGCCCCUGAGGGCAUACGGCCCCCCGCCGGUGGCAACAGAUGAGGGACCACCUCCUCUCCAGCCCCUCCAGUACUGGCCAUUUUCUUCCGCAGACCUGUAUAACUGGAAAACUAAUCACCCCCCUUUUUCAGAAGACCCCCAACACCUGACUGGGCUGGUAGAGUCCCUGAUGUUCUCUCAUCAGCCCACAUGGGAUGACUGCCAGCAGCUCAUACAGACUCUCUUCACUACUGAAGAGAGGGAGAGGAUUUUACUAGAAGCUAGGAAGAAUGUACUCGGGGCGGAUGGGCAUCCUACCCAGCUCCCCAACAUCAUCGAGGCUGCCUUUCCCCUCAGACCUGACUGGGACUUCAACAUGGCAGAAGGUAGGGAGCGACUGACAGUCUAUUGCCAGGCUCUAGUGGCUGGCCUCCGUGGGGCGGCAAGACGCCCCACUAAUUUGGCUAAGGUAAGAGAAGUAAUACAGGGGGCCACGGAACCCCCCUCAGUGUUUCUUGAGCGCCUAAUGGAAGCUUUUAGGCGCUACACCCCAUUUGACCCUGCCUCUGAAGGACAGAGGGCUUCCGUGGCUAUGACUUUCAUAGGGCAGUCAGCUGUAGACAUUAAAAGAAAGCUGCAGAGGAUUGAAGGAUUGCAGGACUAUACCUUGCAGGAUUUAGUUAAGGAAGCUGAGAAAGUAUACCAUAAAAGAGAAACUGAGGAAGAAAAAGAGCAGAGAAAGGAGAAAGAGAGAGAGGAAAGGGAAAAUAAGAGAGACCGAAGACAGGAGAAAAACUUAACACGGAUUUUGGCCGCGUGUUAAGUAGUAGGGGAGAAGAGCCAAGAACAGACCCAAGGUAGAACUAAGAAGUCAGGUAGCCUGGGCAACCGCGUCUCAUUAGAUAAGGAUCAAUGUGCCUACUGUAAGGAGAAGGGGCACUGGGCCAGGGAAUGUCCUAAAAAAAGGAAGAAAGUACUGGCCUUAGAGAAAGAAGAAGAUUAGCGGGGACAGGGCUCGGAACCCCUCCCCGAGCCUAGGGUAAUACUUAAGGUGGAGGGGAAGCCAGUUGAGUUCCUAGUAGACACUGGAGCUCAACACUCAGUCCUACUCGAACCAUCAGGACCCGUCUCCAAGAAAAAAUCCUGGGUUGUAGGGGCCACAGGGCAUCAGCAGUACUCAUGGACUACCCGAAGAUCAGUAGAUCUGGGAGUGGGACGGGUAACCCACUCAUUCUUAAUUAUCCCUGAGUGCCCUGCGCCCCUCCUUGGGAGAGAUUUACUCACCAAAAUGGAAGCCCAGAUCACUUUCACUCCUGAUGGCCCAGAGGUAACCCAGAAUAAGAGAGUAACAGCCCUGACCACGCAUUUGGAGGAUGAACAUAGACUCUUUGAAAAGCAACGGGAGAAAGGGACUAGUCUCAUACAUGACUGGCUAGAAAAAUAUCCCGGGGCAUGGGCCGAAACUACCGGAAUGGGACUGGCCGCAGAAAGGCCGCCUAUAGUCAUAGAACUCAAAGCUACUUCCUCUCCUGUGGCAGUGCACCAGUAUCCCAUGACUAGGGAAGCUCGGGAAGGAAUUAAGCCUCACAUUCAGCGUCUCCUACAGCUGGGCAUACUAGUAAAGUGCCAGUCACCAUGGAACACCCCCUUAUUACCCAUCAAGAAACCCGGCACAGGAGACUAUCGCCCUGUGCAGGACUUGAGAGAAGUAAACAAGCAGGCACAAGACAUCCACCCCACCGUGCCUAACCCUUAUAACCUGUUAAGCUCUCUCCCUCCGGACCAUAUCUGGUACACUGUCCUGGAUUUGAAGGAUGCCUUCUUCUGCCUCCGACUACACUCCUCUAGCCAGAACAUCUUCACAUUUGAAUGGAGAGACCCGGACUCUGGAAUGACGGGGCAAUUGACAUGGACCCGACUUCCACAGGGGUUCAAGAACUCCCCAACCAUCUUUUAUGAAGCCCUCCACCAAGACCUAGCUCACUUUCGCGCCAGCCACCCUCAGGUAACGCUCCCACAAUAUGUAGAUGACUUACUACUAGCUGGAACGACAAAGUAAGAGUGCCAUCGGGGCAC